UCCCGACCGGCUCCUGGUAUUAAUUCCAGUGACCUCUACAGUAAUAUGGAUAUGCAACUAUCUCCGAUCAAGAAGAACCUCCACUGCAGGGUAAAAUACAAGGACAUGAGCUACUGAUCUCCUCCUAGCAUCAGGAUCAGAGAAACGACCUUACACUUUGCCAUCAAUUAAAUGCAGUUGAAAACCACCUCUCCAAAAAGCUGAUCAAUUCACAACAUCAGCAGACAUCUUUUGUAAAACACAUUUUGUGUACUUCCGCCGAGAUAUUUUUUCUACCUGCCGCAUGGUUCUAUACUACUUACUGGGCACUGAUGGUAGCCUCCAGAAAGUGCAGCUUCAAAUGGUCAACUUCACCCUUUAGCAAGAAGAAAACCUGGAUACUGGAUAGCAACAACGCCUUCAGAGAAAAUGAUAUACGACAGAAAGCGAUUAGUUUCCUGCCAUUGUUUCUUCCUGUUAACAGCCAAAUUCUAUUGGAUACUCACCAUGAUGCAAAGAACUCAUUGCCAGGAAUAUGCCCACUCCAUCCGACUGGAUGGGGACAUCAUUUUGGGAGGACUGUUCCCUGUCCAUGCAAAAGGGGAUAGAGGGGUGCCUUGUGGGGAGCUCAAGAAGGAGAAAGGGAUCCACAGACUAGAGGCAAUGCUGUAUGCAAUCGAUCAGAUUAAUAAAGAUCCUGAUCUUCUAACCAAUAUCACUUUAGGUGUUCGGAUCCUCGAUACGUGUUCCAGGGACACUUAUGCUUUGGAGCAAUCUUUAACAUUUGUGCAAGCAUUGAUAGAAAAAGAUGGUUCAGAUGUGAAGUGUGCUAAUGGUGACCCACCUAUUUUCACGAAGCCAGACAAGAUAUCAGGUGUGAUAGGUGCUGCAGCAAGUUCUGUGUCCAUUAUGGUGGCUAAUAUUUUAAGACUUUUUAAGAUACCUCAAAUCAGCUAUGCAUCUACAGCUCCAGAGCUAAGCGAUAACACCAGGUAUGACUUUUUCUCUCGAGUGGUUCCACCUGACUCCUAUCAAGCUCAGGCCAUGGUUGAUAUUGUGACAGCCCUUGGAUGGAACUAUGUGUCGACACUGGCUUCCGAAGGGAACUAUGGAGAGAGCGGUGUAGAAGCAUUUACGCAAAUCUCAAGGGAAAUUG